AUGGGUCCUCCUAUUGCUCUCCAGCUUCCCAAGAUAGACUUCUCGGGGCUGGAGCUAAAGAAAAGAGGAAGCGAUGGCUGGGACACAGUCAUGAGGUCCCAAGUCCUUGGAGGUCUCCACCGAGAGCUUCGCAAUGAGCUCUUUGGCACCGCUGCAAAGGAGCUGGUCGGCCUCCCCGUGGAGACCAAGAUGCAGAACGUUUCCUAUAAGAGCCUUCAUGGCUACAUCGGCCAAAUCCCCGGCUGGGCCUACGAGAGUCUCGUCAUCGACGAUGCGCCGCUCCUCCAAGGCUCCCAAGCCUUCACCAACCUCAUGCAUGGUCUAAUGGAAGACUUGAGCCUACCUAUCAUAAAUGCUGGUAACGAGAAGAGGUACUCUGUGGGAUAUGGUGUGAACCCAAAGGAUGGCUACUUGGUGCAAGCCCCAGAAGAGUUGGUUGACGAAGAGCACCCACGGCUCUACGAGCCUUAUGAUUACUCGGCGUACCUGCAGUUCUGCUUCUCGGGGGGAAGGAGAGAAAGCACCUCGGAAUGCCCUGAAAGCUUACUGUGGAGUGGAAAUGGGGGGAAUCGGAAGCCUGAGUCUCCUUUUUUUUAGGGGUCAUCUGACCAGUUAUUUCACCUGAAUAAAAGAUGCUUGCAUGCAUGAAUAAUUAGUGGCACCAGGUUGGUGUUGGUGUCCGUGAGAUCCUUUUGCAUCGAGAGAUCUCCUUAGU